GAGCAAACAGAUAUAAUCUCCUGGAGUGAAUUUUAUUUAUUUUGAAGACAUCAUUUGAAAGAGAAAUCCAGCAACCAUGAAGAGAAUAUCGACGGUCAUGAUUCUUUUUGCGGCUAUAGGAAUACAACAAAUGCAGUGGUCCAGUUCGACCACAGCUGCUCCAACAACUACAACAGCUGCACCCACAACUACCACAGCUGCUCCAACAACCACAACAGCUGCACCCACAACUACCACAGCUGCUCCAACAACUACAACAGCUGCACCCACAACUACCACAGCUGCACCAACCACCACCACAGCUGCUCCAACAACCACAACAGCUGCUCCCACAACUACCACAGCUGCUCCAACAACUACAACAGCUGCACCCACAACUACAACAGCUGCUCCCACAACUACAACAGCU